AUGCGCUUCAUAAAGGCUCUCCUAGCGGCGGUCUCAGCGGCGGUGGCAGUAACAGCCAGUGGUCCGCUCCUGGUCAAUACUCCGCCGUCUCCGGAGCAAUGCGGUAUCACAGUGGUAACGUGGAGCGGAGGGUUCGAGACGUACUCCAUGGUCGUCUUCAAAGACGACGAGGUCGUCCAGUCGUUUAGGAACAUCCCAGAGACAAAUGCGACUCAGACCGACUUUACCUGGUUGACGAACAUCGCCGCCGGUCAGCAGGUCAGAAUCCAGGUCUUCGACCUGUUGGGAACAAUCGCGUCGACGGGACUCUUUACUAUCCAACCCGGCACCAGUAACUGCAGUCUUCUCAACUGA